AUGAGUUUUGGAAUGGGGGUAAUGGAGAACAUGGUACAUACAGAGUCAUCAAACGUUGGUUCGUUGAGCAAGAAUGGUAAUGGUUCUGAGGAGAAACUAGGAGGAAAUGUUUUGCAGAAUGGUAGUUACAAUACGGCUUCUACUGGAAUGCUUAAGUACAAGCGCCGGAAAGUUUAUGCGGUUAGAGAUUUCCCACCUGGUUGUGGAACCAUUGCGACGAGGCUCAGAUCGAGAAUGGGAGUGAAGACUUGUCAGAAUGGGAAAGCUGCUGAUGAUGAUGAGUUAAGAGAGGGUAGUUGUGGUCGGUCUUUUGAAGCUAAGGUUGAGUCUUUAGUGAAAGAAGAAGAAAACUUGGGACAGCGAGAUGAGCAGCCUUGUAAUGACAUGGAAGUUGCGGUAACCGCGGGAGUUGAAUCUCAUGUAGUUAACAUGCUGAAACAGGAACAGGAGCCAAUGAAAGAUGAAUUGAUGUAUGCACCAGAAGAUGAGAACUUCACGGAGAACGCAAGGGACCCGGUGGAGGUUCAGCCUCUGAGCGUUUGCUUGCCAGAUGGUAAUGGUGAGCAUUUUAUCUGUGAAUCAAUUACUUCAGUAGAUGCGGCGAUGGGUUCUGUUGGUGGGCAAAGCAUCGUGACGAAACAGCUUCAUGAAAGAAGGGCUGAUGUGGUAAGAGACUUCCCUUCAAAAACAGGAACCAAGCGUUCAAACAGUGUAAAAUCUGUCAAGGUUGAUGUGUCGACAGGAGAGAACUUGGUUCUUGAUAAGUCGGAUUCUGGUGUUAGCAGUGGCAGAACACAAAACAUGGUGAGGGAUAUGGUUGUUUAUGCCGAGGAACCAGAUCUUGGAAGAGACCAUCUGGAUCAAUCUCUUGCUAAGAGCAUAACAACGUAUGUUCCUGAGCCAUUGGAACCUGCAAGAUCCAAUGGUACAGUGCCGAAACCAAUUCAUGUUGCGGGUAGAAAAAAGGCAAAGAAAGGAAUUGCAUUGCAUGCACCCUUGAAGCUUACCAAGAUCAGUCGAGAGUAUGGUGAAGGAUCUAGGACGAGGAACAGUGAGAAGAAUUUGUAUUUGCGUGAGAGGUUAAGUCCGGAUAUAGAGGAAUUUCUUGACCAGGAGAUAGCUCGACAUCCUCAAACAGUGCAGGUCGGGAUUCCUCCCUCACAUCCCAGUGGUUCAAGCAGUGGUGAUAGUAUGCGGAGCAAAGUUAAGGAAACUCUGCGUCUUUUCCAUGGAGCUUGUAGGAAAAUUUUGCAGGAGAUAGAAGCAAAGCCAGUGCCGGGUAAAAGGGUCAGAGUAGAUUAUAUUGCUUCGAAUAUUCUCAAAAGCAAAGGGAAAUUUCUGAACACUGGUGUUCAGAUUGUUGGAACUGUGCCUGGGAUUGAGGUCGGUGAUGAGUUUCAGUAUAGGAUGGAGCUGAACAUUCUUGGCAUACAUAAACCAAGUCAAGGGGGUAUCGAUUAUGUAAAAGACGGUGAUGGCAUAAUUGCGACUAGUAUUGUAGCCUCUGGAGGGUAUGACGACGAGGUGGAUAAUACGGGUGUCAUGACUUACACUGGCCAAGGCGGAAAUGUGAUCAAAGUAAAUAAAAAAGGAAAGGAAGAAAAAGAGCCUGAAGACCAGCAGCUUAUAACGGGAAACCUUGCGUUAGCAAACAGCAUAAACAGGAAGAACCCUGUGCGUGUCAUAAGAGGCAGCGAUAAGGCAGCUAAGAAGAAAUCAUCAGUUGAUGCAAGAGGUAGGCAUUAUGUUUACGACGGUUUAUAUCUUGUGGAAGAGUAUUGGCAAGAAACUGGACCUCAUGGAAUGAAAGUCUUCAAGUAUAAACUUAGGCGCAUCCCCGGACAACCCGAGCUUUCAUGGAAAGUGGUGACGAAAUCAAAGAAGUCGAAAUACCGGGAAGGUCUAUGCAGACUUGACAUCUCAGAAGGGACUGAGAGAUUACCCAUUUGCGCUGUGAACGAAAUAGACGACGAGAAACCGCCAAUGUUCGUCUACACUGCGAAAAUGAUUUACCCGGAUUGGUGCAGACCAAUUCCUCCAAAGGCAUGCGGUUGCAUCAAACGCUGCAUGGAAGCGAGAAACUGUGCAUGUGUGGCGAAAAAUGGAGGAGAGAUACCGUACAACCACGAUGGAGCCGUUGUUGAUGCAAAGAAUUUAAUCUACGAGUGCGGCCCACUCUGCAAAUGCCCUUCUUCUUGCUACCUAAGAGUCACACAGCACGGGAUCAAGUUCCCGCUUGAGAUCUUCAAAACCGAGUCAAGAGGUUGGGGAGUGAGAUCGCUUAGCUCGAUCCCUUCGGGUAGCUUCAUAUGUGAAUAUGUAGGUGAGCUUUUAGAGGAUAACGAAGCAGAAAGAAGAACUGGAAACGACGAAUAUCUCUUUGAUAUUGGUAACAGGUAUGAUACUUCCUUAGCGGAAGGGAUGUCGAAGCUAAUGCCCGGGACACAGUCAGACAUUGCUAUGGAAGAAGAGACGAGCGGAUUCACCAUCGAUGCCGCAGCGAAAGGCAAUGUCGGGAGGUUCAUUAACCACAGCUGCUCACCGAAUCUGUACGCACAGAACGUACUGUACGAUCAUGAAGACACGAGGAUCCCUCACGUGAUGUUCUUCGCAAUGGACAACAUACCUCCGCUUCAAGAACUCUGUUACCACUACAAUUACGUGAUCGACCAGGUACGCGAUUCUAACGGUAAUGUCAAGAAGAAAACCUGCCAUUGUGGUUCUUCAGAGUGUACUGGUAGGCUCUAUUGA